GGGAAUCACUUUGACCAGUAUGAAGAUGGCCAGGUGGAGCUGGAGCAGGCAUCCCUGGACAAGCCCAUAGAAUCGGACAACAUCGGGCACCGGCUGCUUCAGAAACAUGGCUGGAAGUUGGGCCAGGGCCUUGGCAAAACCAUGCAGGGACGCACGGACCCCGUGCCCAUUAUACUUAAAUAUGAUGUCAUGGGAAUGGGACGGAUGGAGAUGGAGAUGGACUAUGCAGAGGAUGCAACAGAGAAAAGAAGAGUGCUUGAAGUGGAAAAAGAGGAGACAGAGGAACUGCGGCAGAAAUACAAGGAUCAGAUUGAAAAGGAAAAGGCAAUCGCGAAAGCCCUGGAAGACCUAAGGGCUAAUUUUUACUGUGAACUAUGUGACAAGCAGUACACCAAACACCAGGAAUUUGACAACCACAUCAACUCCUACGACCACGCUCAUAAACAGAGGCUAAAGGACCUCAAGCAGCGGGAGUUUGCUCGCAACGUGUCGUCACGUUCCCGCAAAGGUGGGAAGAAGCAGGAAAAGAUGCUGCGUCGUCUGCACGAACUGGCUGAGCAGCGAAAACAGCAGGACUGCACGCCUGGGAGUGGACCCAUGUUCAAAACCACCACUGUGGCCGUAGCUGGUGAGAAGGCAGAAGACGGAGACCGUUUUGCCCAUGAAAGCGCUCCUGUAAAAGAGAAAGCUUUAGUUGCAAAAAACAGAAAAACGGAAAAAACAUCUCAGAAGUCCACGUCGUCGUUUAGCUUCUCCCUGGGCAAGAAGAAGAACUGUUCCUCGCCCACCACCAGUGCGUCCUCCAAAGUCAGCGUCUCUUUUUCCUUCGCCAAGAAGACACCGGUAAAGCUGGAGACUGCAGCGGCGGUGUUUACCGAUCCCAGCGAGGAGGUGAUCGAAGGAGAAGACUGUGAGGAGAGUGAAAAGUCUGCGGCGGAGCAGGACGACCCGUCCGCCUGUAAUGUCGACAGUCCGAAAGGAGGCUUGCGGGGGAGCGACGGAGGAGAGUCCAGCGGUGGGACCGGGACAGACGAGACACAGCCACCCAAUGACGAAAGCUCACUGGCUUCCACCCUCAACAAAUUGAAAAUGAUGAUGAUGAUGAAGAAGGAGGAGGGCAACACGGGACAAGAGCCUCAGUACUACCACUACAUGCCACCAGCGCACUGUCGAGUGAAGCCCCACUUCCAGUUUCUGCUCUUCAUGAAGGCAUCUGAACAGGGUCAGAGCAAAGAAGAGGAAGAGGAGGACGAAGGGCAGGAGGAGAAAGUUGAGGACGCUUCUCAAGACACAGACUCCAACACUGUAGAGUGCGAGAAUCAAGAAAACAAUACUACCACCAACACCACCCCUGAAGCUGAAAAGAGCCCUCCAGCCUCCAAACCACAGGAUGGGGACGACGUUCCACACACGGCGAAAACGACUCCCGAUCUUCCCGCUUCCCCUGCGCUGAAAGAAGAAAGCUCGCCACCGCCGGAGACUUUGGAGCCCGACUCGGGUCCCAAGAUCCCAGUGGGUCCGUUCUUUCCCGUGCUGAGUAAAGAUGAGAGCACCACACUGCAGUGGCCCUCGGAGCUCCUGGAGUUUACUAAAGCGCAACCCUCCCUGUCCUACAGCUGCAAUCCUCUAUACUUUGACUUCAAGCUGUCUCGUAACAAAGGCCCGCGCGCCGCAAAGACCGCAAAGUCUCCGAAACCGAGCGAGCGGCCCGACAAAGACAAGCAAAAUGAGACAACUCCCUCUAAAGUGGAACCGCUCCUUAAAACGCAGCCCGACGGCGACCAGCCCACCGUCAAGGCCGAGCGCGGCCAGUCGGAAGCAGACGACGGGGAGGCGGCGACAAGUGGCGGCGGCUCCAAGAAGAAGAAAAAAAAGAAGAAGCACAAGAAAUCAGCAAAGCGGUCCAAGCGCAAAGCCAAAGAUAAGGACGCGGCGGCGGAAGACGCUGAAGGCGAGACGGAGCCCACUCAAGAGACACCCAAGAAGAAGAAGAAACACAAAAGAAAGAAGAGCAAAAACAAAGCAGCCAAUCAAGAAGAAGCUGCGGGGGAGGCAAAAGAGAAAGCCAAAGUCAAAUCUGCAGAUAAGCCAGAUCCUUCCUCAGAGCAGGCUCAAGAGCGAGGAGUUCCACAAAGCGGGAAGAGGAAGCGCGUUCUGAAGGAUCCUCCUAACAAGGAGGAAGGCGGCACGGGAAAGAGCCACGAAAAGGCUCCUCCCUCUGAGGAGCAUGGCAACAACAAGCGAAUAAAAACAGAGCCCGGUCUGACCCAGAGCGCCUCUUGUUCCUCUUGGGCCCAGAAGAGCCCCGGCUCAGGAAGACCUCCCAGCAGCGAGAGCGAAGAGGAAGGCGCUUCCGCCACCCAGCGUUCACGCCGCCGCAAGUCCAGUCCUCGGGAAGAAAGGCGUCACCGUAGCGAGGAGUCCGGGCGGUCCCGCAGCCACUCAUCUAGACGUGGCGGCGGCCGUCGGCGGAGCCGCCGCGGGAAAACCUCCCAGAGUCGCUCGUAUUCCAGCAGCUCUGAGCGCUCCUCGGCGGGCAGCAGCGCCUACAGCCGUCGCAGCCGCAGCUACUCUGACAGUUAUAGCGACUACAGCACAGAGGGACGCCGGCGCGGGCGCUCCAAACGAUCCUCAGACUCUGACUAUGAGAGGAGGGGCGGCCGAGGGCGCCGACGAUCAGGACGGCGGCGGUACUCCACAUCUUCUUCUGAUGAUUCCCGCUCACGCUCGCGGAGCUACGGCCGGAGGAAGCGACACCGACGGCGGCGACGCAGCACUUCCGGGAGCUCUAGUGGCUGGAGUCGUAGCACCAGCGCCAGAAGUGCCAGAUCCUGGAGGCGCAGCUACAGCCGGAGCCGCAGCUCGGGCAGCCGCUCGUCCAGCUCCGCCCCGGCGGGCUCUCCGCGUCGGCGGAGCGCCCGUGGGAGCGGCGAGGCCCUACGCGGGGACUUUAACCGCUCCGGCGUUUAUCGCUCCCAGUCUCCGCGAGUCGCCUCGCGCGGCCUCAACCGUGUCGUCGCCGGCUCGCAGACUCCUCGGUUAGGCGCCACCCGGGACGCGGGCGAGUACAAAAACUCCCUCACGGCGCGCCAGCUCCUGGAGAAGAUUCAGUCCAAAAAGAAUUCGGACGAUUCCGUCACGGGCACCAAAUCGGGUUUAAAGAUCAAGGAUCCGCCGCAGGGAUACUUUGGCCCCAAACUCCCCCCUUCCAGCAAAAGCAUGCUGCCGCUUUUUGGUAAACUUCAGACCGGGAAGAAAGCACCCACGAUACCCCUUAGCAAAACGGACGAAGGUGAAAAAUCUGGGGCGGGUAAGAGCGCCGAGGCCGACGGAGAGGUUAUCCUGGUAGAGCCCAUAAGGGAGUUCCCUCCUCCGCCGCCACCUCCACCGGUGCAGAAAGUCGAAGUGAGCGAGACGACGCAGGAAGAGACGAGUGCUGACACUCAGGUAUUACAAGAACCCCGGCUGCUGUACGAGCAGGACUCCUCCGUCAUGAUAGCUCAGUACCAAGGGGAGCAGGAGCCCCCGAUGGAGACCCUCAUGCCCGACAUGCAGCAGCAGCAGACCCCGAUGCACGGCUAUGCCGCGUACGCCCCGACCGGCCUGGAAGAGGACGGCCUGGAGGCAGAGGAGGACGGCCUGGCUCCCCUGGAGAGUCAGCCCAUCACGUUCACGCCGGAGGAGAUGGAGAAGUACAGCAAGCUGCAGCAGGCGGCGCAGCAGCACAUCCAGCAGCAGUUGCUGGCAAAGCAGGUCAAGAGCUUCCCGUCGGCCGCCGCGGCAGCCGUGGCCGCCGCCGCUGCCAAUCUGGCGCCGGCCCCGCCCCCUCCCGCCCUACAGCAGAUCCACAUCCAGCAGCCAGCCGCGUCGGCGGCAUCCGGUACCUCCAUCGCCACUGUGCAGCACGCCAUCCUGCAGCAUCACGCCGCCGCCGCCAUGGGCAUCCACCCGGCGCACCCGGCACACCCCGCCCACGCCCAGCUGGCCCAGGUGCACCACAUACCCCAGCACCACCUGACCCCCAUUUCCUUAUCACCUCUCGGCCCCGCCUUGGGACACUCGCUGGGGCACUCGCUGGGCCACGCUGGCCUUAUUCCCGCCCACCCCACGGCCUUCCUCUCCGGGCAGCCCAUCCACAUUAUCCCGGCCUCGGCGCUCCACCAUACACCCCUCGCUCUCCACCACGUGCCCCACGCCGCGCUCUACCCCACGCUCUUCACGCCUAGACCCUCGCAGGCGGCAGCAGCGGCUGCGGCUCUCCAACUCCACCCGCUCCUUCACCCCAUCUUCUCAGGGCAGGACCUCCAACAUCCACCUAACCACGGUUCCUGA